AUGGAAGAGCAGCCAGAGCAGCCUGGUGGAGUGAGCAACGCAGCGUGGAAAUUAGUCGAAGCAAUGAGGUCUGCAGACCCCACGGAGCGGCCAGAAAUGGACGCGGUAGUGCGCGUUGUACUGACGCUGACGGAGCGCGAGCGUCCGUGGAGUGACGAGCAGUUCCCAGAGCUUUUACUACACGCUCCUGACGUGUGGACUGCGCUCCGUAGUGCCAGUCAAGCGCAAGAAACUGGCGUGGAGAUGUGUGCUCACGUGCUCUCUCGACUGGAGCCAGUGCUAGCUCGACUCUGGGACGAAGGAAUCGUGUUCGCAGAAGCGGAGAGUGGGGAGCUCAACUGGCAGACUCGCACCGAACAUCUGCUGCGUAGCAUGCGCUUCCUUACGACGCGCUAUUUGCCGUCGAGAGGCGGUCGAGAGCCGCUGAAGAUGGCUCAUUCCCGGCGCUUUUCGACUGAAAUCCAGCAAAUCCAUCGCCAGUUAGACGCGCUAUUUGCCGAAUUUGACAGUGAAAAUUCAACUUUUGAGAGCGAUUCCAGUAGUGAAAGUUCGCGCCCAAGUGCCGAGGAGUGGGGACUUGCAUGGGAAUUUGACGUUGGGGAUCUCACGACUUCGUUUCACGAAUAUUUGGAUAGUGUAGAGCAGUCGAGUGCUGCUAGGUGGGUGCGAUCUGACGUGGCGAUGGAGGCUCUGACGGUGAUGCGGCACGAGCUGGACAACUUCCGCUACGCGUUCUCGGAUUCGCAGCUCGACUUGGUGGCAGCCAUUUGGUCGGAGCUCGUUCAUCCGCACAUAGUGGAGUUGUUCGGAGCGUGUCACGUUGGCUCCAGCCCGUUUUUCGUGUUCGAACGCGCUCGUGGAGGCUCGUUGAUGGAGUUCCUGUCACGGUACCCGGAUGGUACGAAAUACACGCCACCGUUGUGGCGACUACUGUACGAGGCUGCGUUGGGUCUGCAGUAUCUUCAUGAGCGCGAGAUUGUGCACAACGAGCUUCGUAGCGACAGCAUCGUCGUUGUGGUGGAGAAAACGACCAAUAGAAGACGCCGCGGGAGGAAAACGAGGCGGUAUCUUGGACUUAAAAGCUCGAAGCAGGAGGUGGCCAAGCUCAACGGACUGCACUUUGUACCUCUACAUGGCCCGCGGUUGCUUGCGGACGUCUCGGCUGAUAAUGACGCACGGUGGCUAGCUCCCGAGCGUAGAGGAAGCGGUGGCGUACCGUCGCUGGCGUCGGAUAUCACAGCUUCGUCGCUCUUAGAGCAGAGACCGGAUCCAUUCGAGCAUGAAGCGUGGGAACUGGUCAAGAGAAUGUGCGCGUGGCAGCCAGAGCUACGUCCGUCAGUCUCGUACGUGGUGCAGCAGCUCGGCCAACUGGCGAACAGGGAGCGACACUCAGGUCAACGCGAGUCGGAGGAGGUGGAUACAGCGAGUGACGAGCGUUUGAACACUGCAAGCGAGUCGACACAACUACAUGUAGUAGACGUAGAGCUACACGUACCAGGGGACUCGCCUUUGACGAUCUCGCAGUCGUUCGAGACGUUAAAGGAGCAGAUCCAAAGCCACGAUGACGCUAUCGAGGCGAGCAAUGGCGACUUGGACGCACAGAUUCUGCUCCGAAUGGAAUAUUUCUUCGCGCGUUUGUGUCGUGUCGAGGCCGAUUUGGACCAAGACAGCGACGAGACCAGCGCGUUUCCUGCUAUCGUGACCAGUUUCGUGGAUAUUUUGACGCAGUUCAGGCUUCACGUGAGCGUCGGCGGCACUGGCAGCCGCAUCACGCAGAUCGCGGCCACUCGCCAGCGCACCACCGACAAGUUUUCAUUUCACAAAGACCUGGACGAUUUACUGCGCUCGCAUGAGUGUUUGUCGUCGGAGAAGGAAGACCUGCACGACUGGAAGGGCCAAUGGUAUUCACAUCGAGCGCGACGGACGCUGAGCUGCACGUGGACGCUGAUGAACCCAGACGCGGCCGAGUUACUGCUGGGCGAGCUCAAAGAUGCCCACGACCGGGAAGAAAUCCUCGCGUUGCUACGGUUCGAGGUCACUCGCCAUCGCUCUAGCUACACACCGGCACAAGUGGAAGCCAUGGGCUCUGCGUGUUGGGAUAUAUCGCGUCGACGUCGGAUAGUUCCCACCUGUGGCGACCACCGAAAUGGUUUAUCCCGCCGUACGAAGUCGAAUUUAACCCACGGGAGUCUCUGGGUCAGGCCUAGUGCUGUGUUUUAUCGAGAAUUGAGUAUCUGGUGUCGACUGAACCACCCAUAUGUGGUUAAAUUGUACGGCGGCUGCCAUGUAGGCGGCCAGCCCUUCUUCGUGUGCGAACCGGCAACCAAUGGCCGUCUAGACACGUAUCUACAUCGGUUCGACCCGGUGGGCACUAGUGUAGGCACCAGCAGCUUGAGAUCUACCUCUACCGUUAGUGGACACACCAGUGGCUUCAGUAGAGAGACGUCCAACGGGUCUACAUGCAGUUCUGGCUUCUCAGCCGACAGUGUAGGCUGCUACAGGCGUUGUGAGGCUUGGAAGAAGCUCCGCCAGAGUGCACUUGGGCUGCAAUACCUUCAUCAGCACAGCAUCGUACACGGAGACCUCAAGUGCGACAACAUCCUCGUGACUGCCGACGGGACAGCGAAACUCACGGACUUUGGCCUCAGCUCUAUCCGUCGAUAUGUCGAUAGUGAACAGGAACAAAGUACUCAAGUGUCGGUGGUGGGUGCGCAGAGAUGGAAAGCACCCGAGUGCCUGACCGGCACACCACCGACCUUCGAGUCGGACGUGUACUCGUUCGGCAUGUGCAUUCUUCAGGCGAUUAGUGGCGAGUUCCCGUGGGGUGCUCGCAUGCCGGAUGCAGCCGUGCGCUUCCACGUACGACGCGGUGCACUGCCGCCUCGACCCAAGGGCUUUCAAGACGACGCUCAUUGGGAACUCGUCAAGCAAAUGUGCUGCUUUGACCCUCAGCAGCGUCUGAAGCUUCCGGUGGUCGUGCAACGACUCACACGCUUCGCGGAUCUGGAAGCGAGACGACAACGCGGAGGAGUUGGUGGGCACAUGAGAGAGCUGCUGCUAUAA